GUGAUAACUCGGCUGGCCGGGAUGGAACACGAACAGUUGCAUCUGAGCAGCAAGCAGGAACAAGCUGAACUCCUCCACCAAGUGCUCUCCUCUAAUGACGAGGAUUGUCGUGAAGAGACGUUGAUUCCUGACCCAGACGGCUUUGCUGCUCCUGGUACUGGAGCUGCCGGCCGAACAGGAUCUCACUUUGACAGACGAUCUGGUGCCAAAAUGUCAAGUCUUUCUGGGGCUGACGAUACUGUGUUUGUGGACACCAGCUCGGCUGCAGUACGGGCUAGGUUGGCUGGGGCGAAGGAAAGGCAUCCUCUCUUUAAACUCUUUAGAAGAUGA